AUGGAUCAAGUGGAGGGUGAUGGUACUAAUACCAACCGGCUCGCAUGGAAAUGCUUGUGUUCAGUUCUGCUGGCAUUUGAGAUGGCGGUCUACUUUGUGUGGGUCAAGACCUCGGUUGUUUUGUGUGUCAUCGGUGGUGUGUUCUUGAUCAAGGCAUUGAUCGAGAUCUGGGGGCAAGAGACAGCCACAUGGGUUUGCCCGGCUACCGUGUUCAUGCUCGUCGUAGUCUACGGGCCUGUGUGGCCCUCAAUUUUCUGCAUGUUCGGUUACUGCACUCAGAGCUCAGACAUCCAGUUCCUGGGCCGAGACGAACUGGGCUUGGCCCUCUACUUGGGUGGCUCCUUCUACUCCUUGGCCUAUGAAGUUGGCCGCUUCCGUUGGAAAGCCAGACCUGAAAACAAGGGCAAGCUACACACAGUUGGCCUGGCCUCCUGGUGCAUUCACCCCAACUACUUUGGAGACCUUUUCACUUACACUGGCUGGGGACUUGCGGCAGGCACUACCUGCGCUGUGAGUGUUCCUGUCCUCAUGUUUUUUACCUUUGUCCUCGUGGUAGUGCCCAACUCCGACAACUACUUGUCUCAGCGUUAUCCCAAGGAGUUCCCAGCAUAUGCCGCACACACAGCCACGCUCAUUCCUGGCUUGCACUCCAAAGUGCUGAGUCAAGUGCUGGCCUGGCUUUGCUUGCUGCUUUGCAUUUACUCUUGGUGCUUCAGAUGCCCAGGGCCCUGUGGCUACUAG